AUGAUAAGGAACACUCUUCCGAACAAGGGUAGUUUCAUGAACUCUGUCUCACUCCAGUUCAAAAACGUUCGCCUUGAGACAGAGUUUCACAAAGAGAUGGACCAUUGGUUCAUUCCUGCGCUGGCGAUCAGUAUAUUUUUCUUAGUCGUUUACGGUAUCUACCACAUGCUCGUGAUGCCAAGGCUGAUUACCAGUCUCGCGUUAAUCGUCGUGGCUUUGACACUAAUGUUCUUCAUUUUGCUGAUGCUAUACAUCAAUUAUUUCCAUAGUUUCUCACAAUUUAUCACACGUACCGCUCACGGACACUCGCUUACUAUACUUCUCAUAAUGACGAUUCUUUUCCUCUGCGGAAUUGUGAACACGUUCUCAUGUCCACAACCGGAGCAGGCCGAUGUGUGUCAGACGAUUCAUUUCUCGGCGUUCUCGUUCGCGAUGUGGAUUCUGACAACGGCGGUCUUCAUUCGAUUCUCGUCCGUCUACCUCCUCGGUGUGCUCACCUUUGCUGUUUUCACCUACACCGUUCAGAUUUUCCUCACACAUCCACCUAUCGGACCAAAGGAGUGA